GAACUCAGAAGUCAGAGCCGUUAAAACGAGCUUAAAAAAAAAAGAAAUAAAAUGUCAAAAUUUAUAUUUAUUUAGUUGGACAAUAUUAAUAUUUUAAAAUUCAAUAAUAUUAUCGAAGUUCGGGUGCACUUCUAGUAUUCUUCUUUAAUUAUUGAAGUCAUUGACGCUAUGACUUCAUCGCGUAGAGAUUAUAAGUUCGAGCCAUUUAAAAUUACUGUAGUUAAGUAUCGGGGAAAUGCAAGACCGCGGCCUAGAAGUGGACAUAGGAUAGCGUGCGACGAUGUUAGAAUAUACUGUUUUGGAGGUUAUAACCCUUAUUUACCGAUGAAUGCCAUACAAAGAAAUAACCCAACUUGGACACCUACCAUGCCACUUUUCAAGGAACUAUGGAGUUUUUGUAUAGCAUCUAGGAAAUGGACCCAGCACAGAGUUGAUGAGAAUAUGCCAGAAGAGCUGGCAUCCAAUGCUAUGUGUAUGAAUGGAAGGUAUUUAAUGAUAUAUGGUGGGACAGGUGCUCCAUUUGGUAAUAAGUGUAGCAAUGAUGUGAUCACUUGGCGGACACAUGAAAAUGAUGCAAAACUCCAGGUGCUAGAGGUCACAGGCGCCAGGCCACCAGGACAGUAUGGCCAGUCUAUACUGUGCCAUGAUGGUGCCUUCUAUACUGUUGGAGGCACAAAUGGAUUUGCAUAUAACUGUGAUAUUUAUAGGUUAGAUCUACGAACAAUGGUUUGGGAGCCAAUUUUUGUUGGGACUGGACAAGAGGAUGAGCCACUGGGUAGGUACCGACAUGAAGUAGCUAGAGUGGGAAAUAAACUGUAUAUAAUUGGAGGCGGUACAGGGGACUGGGCGUUUGAGUUAAUGGAAAUACCUAUGUUUGACCUUGAAACCAGAACAUGGACUAUAUUAACACCAAAGGCAGAUGAUUCAAUGAAAGAUACUGUGCAACCGUUACCUAGAAAGUGUCAUAGUGCAGUGCAGAUAGAUACACCCAAUGGUGCUCAAGUGUUUGUGGCUGGUGGUACGGACGGACAUGGCGUUUUCGACGAUAUCUGGAGAUUGAAUCUCUCUGAUAUGCGGUGGCAUUUAAUGCAAAAGACAGUGCUCCCUCAACCUCUAUAUUUUCAUUCUUCUACUGUAUCUUCCAAUGGUUGUAUGUAUGUAUUUGGCGGGAUUGAACCAAAUCUCCAAGAGACAAGACGGAAUAAUGUAAUGUACAAAGUGUGGCUAUGUAUACCAAAGCUGAGCGAGAUAUGUUGGGAGGCUUUGUUAAGUUUUCAUCCAAAUAUGGAUCAGGUUGAUAAAUCUUCACUAUUAGAUGUUGGUAUACCAAGGCAUUUUGUAGAAAGACUACAGUGAAUUAAUCACAUUAUCAAGUUAUAUAAAUUUUUUAUGAUGAGAGGGCUUACAAAGAUCUACUGAAUAAAGUUUUAAGUUGAGGUUCGACCCCUCCUGUUUCAAGAGGUAGUGUCACCUCAGGAUCUUGGUGAUUGAACCUCACAAUACUUAAACUAAAUAGUAGUAAUGUUGCUAUAGAAAAGCUGCUACAUCAGAAUAAGGCUUUUAAACCGAAAGCCUGUAGGUAUUAUUAAAUAAAAGUUUGACAUCCCAUGCUCCUACUAUACCAAGUAUGGUUGGCUAACUAAGCCAUGGUGAUGUUAGGAGAUACCAGGUUACAAAGUCUCCAGAACCUUUGUAUGUCUCCUACAUAAUAAAUAGCUUCAAAAAAUCAUAAAAUAUAGCAUAAAACACUUCAAUAAUUAAAAUUAACCUCUAUUUAAAUAAAAAAUAAAUCAUCCCCAAUUUACAUGUAAAAUAUAUUUUUAAAGGUUUUAUUUUUCGACUUCUAUCUAGUAGAAAUAGUCUUUGAGCUAAAUCGCGGACAGAGACAUGGCGAAACUUUAAGAGUUCCUUAACUCUAAAAAGUAACCAAUUUCCUAUUCUAUUAGGUGGAAUUCAUAGACGUUGUAGACCAUUCCGCCACUGAGUGUCGAAAUAUGAAAUGAUCCCCUGGGGGUGGCCCUACAACGUCUAUGAAUCCCAUUGUAAGUUUCAUUUUCUCAGCAUAUUGGAAUGGUCUAAACAAACUUUCCAUAGUUCCUACUACUAUGGUUGUAGCAUGGGCUGACAAACUUACUUCAAGCAUUUAUAAAUUAACAAAAGUCAAAGGCUCUUGGAUGACUAUUAAACAUUUUAUAAUAUUUCUUGUACAUGAUAAUAUAUUGUUGCUUAGCCAACAUAUAGUCAAUUUAUAUUGAAAAACAAAACUUUAUUGCUCAUUUUUCAUAGACUAACUACAUAACUAAGUCUUCGUUCGCGACAUAAAGUAGCGCUAUUCAAUAACGAAAUUCUUAUAAUUCGAUAGUGUGAGUUUCGAAUUCGUCUCUAUCUCUCUCUGUAUAAUAAAAUAAUAUAGAGAUAGAAAAGCGUUCACAUUUAUAGAUAGCAGCGGCGAAGAGUCCAUACAGGCCGAUUCUUCGCGGGUUACCUUUUAAAAAUCCAUACGACGUACGAUACGUUACGACUUGUAUCUCUUCCAAGUAAACCCGCUUCCAUCUUACACUGCGUUGUCACUUAACAUCAGGCGAGACUGUAGUCAAGGGCUAAUAAUUGUCAUUUAGUAAAUAACAUAAAAUUAAAAACUUUGAAAAUCCCCCGAAUAGAAUAAUGAAUUUUUUGACAGACAUUCUUUCUAUCAUCAUAAUAUGUGAGCCGGAUCAAAGAAAAUUGUUUAUUUUUAUUUCAAUAUGAACAAUUGGAUUUCCAUGUCCUAAUUUUUUAACUAGAGAUGCGCCGAGUAACACUUUUGCCGAAUAACGAGUACCGAGUUUUACUCGGUUCAAUUUUUUUUCAACCGAGUACUCGGCCGAGUAACUCGGUUCAAUCAAAUUCCCAUUUCGCGCGCGUGAACAAGUAUUAAUUCAAUUCAAUUCAAUUCAAAAUUGUUUUUUUCAAGGAGGCUUAGUUUACAAGCACUUUUGAAACGUCAAGUUUGACUAUUUGUAGUGACUCUACCACCAGCUCAGAAGGCGCAGUCUCCUGUUGAGAAGAACGACGGGAAACUUAACAGUUGCUCUUUUAAAUAUUUUAUUUUAAUUUUAUUCAAAUUUAAUUGAGAUUUUCAAAGAUUUCCUAAAUGACAAAUAAAUACUUUUUGAUUAACACUGUUGAUUUAAUUAUAUGUACCUAAAUAAUGCUUUUCGAAUACAAUGUAUACUCGGCAUUCAACGACCGAGUUAUUCGGCCGAGUACGAGUAUCAAAAAAUCCGCCGAGUACGCCGAGUACCGAGUAUCAACCGAGUACUCGGCCCAUCUCUAUUUUUAACCAAUUAUCUCAUCAAACUUAUCUAAGAACACUCUUGAUCAAGUUAUCAAUGUUCUCGUUCAGUGCGCUUUCAUUUGAGACCCCACACGAGUAUAUUUGCACAGACAUUCGGUUAUACACACAACUUUUAAAAAGCUCAACCGAUUUUCAUCAAACAUGUAUCAGAAGCAAGAACACUCGCACAUAAGUCACUUUUAAUGUGAAAAAAAAAACUAAAUUGAAUACGUUUUCGUUUGGCAGCUAUGAGCCAAAGACAGACAGGUCAAACUUUAACACACCUUUUGUUGCGCCGGGGGUUAAAAAAACCUCGCACUUUACCACCCGCGAGGACUGAGUUCUGUGGUUUAUAUAGUAUAGAAAGUUUUGAAGAUAAUAUUUAUCUUUAAGCAUUCUUUAUCCAACAGAUGCUUUAUGUUGUCAAAUCAGAAAGUAUUAACUUUUUAUUGGAGGUUAGAUUUACCCCUUUACGAAGACGGACAAUAGUCCAAAACUAUCUUAACUUGGCAACUUUUGAUAAUGGAUCUGGUGUUCUUCGAUAGAUCUACUGAUUUCCAAUUUUUACCAUAUAAGUUACGAGUACUUAUAUGGCUUCUACAUAAUAUGAGCUCCCAGUAAAAAAUGAUAGUUAUGUGUAAAAAAUGUAUUUAAUAUGUUAAUGAAAUGAGUACAUAUUGAUUAAUUUAAAUGGUAGUGACCAAAGCAGUGUCUAACUUUGAGACUUUUCAAUCCAUGCUGAUAUAUUAUAUAAAUAUAAAUUAAUAAUGAAAAAACAAGCUUUUAUAUAAAUGCUGAACUUGUAGCCAGAGUGUUAGCCAAGACCAAUAAGCCUAUAACUUAUGGCUUAUUUCGUUUAGUUUAGUUCGUAUGGCCAGUUUCUGACUCCACCCAAUACCAGUAGCGCUAUUUUGUAACGUUGCUACUUGCUAUUAUAACUUGACAGCGGGAGUUUGGAAUUCAUCUCUGUCUGUAGUAUUGUGACAAAAAUUUAUAAAGACGAAUGAGCCUUUUUCCACUAAAGGUAUUUAAAAUCCGGCAGCACCGCGGGGUACACAAAUCAACAUACGACUGUCAAAAUAUAGUUAAUGGAUAUACACUAGGAGGUUCUCAGGUUUAAGCCGUUUCUGAAAGAACUACAUGAAAGAACACUGGCUGAAAAACCUAAAUCUUUAUGAUAUUCUUACAUGGCUUGAAUAAAUACAUCAUCGGGCUAGCACCGCCUUCAAACUGAUCAUCAGUUAGUACAUAAUAUGAUAUAUAGAACUUAGAAUGAUAUUAUUUUUUGCUUUUUAGUUUAGUCAGUAUGUUUUAUGUUUUUGAAGUCGGCUGAUUUUUUUUUAUUAUUUUUUUUUUGUGCAUCCGACAGUAAAAUCUUUAUCGUAAGUGUAAAAGAAUUUGAUAUUUUGUAGCGCAUGCGACGAUAAUUAAUAUAGAAUAGUAUUUAACUGACGUAUACAUAUAGAGGUCGAUACAAAAUAGCGCUAUAGCUCGAAAAUCUACGAAGAUACGCGUGUACCAAAUUCUAGUCCACUGGUACACGUCAGGGAGUGUUCCUCAUUUAGCUUCUGAGAUUUGACACAUGCAUACUAACAGCAAGUUAUAUAAAAGCUUGUAUUAAAUGUGAAAGUGUGCUAUUUAGUAUAUAUUUGUUAUCAAUAAAUCUAUGUUGUUUAGUUGUUCAACCAAUUGAAACAAAUACCUACGGACGAAAUAUGGCUGAGUUAGUAUUGUGUUCUGAAUAAAUUUUAGAAAAUUGUGAAAAAUAAAGAAGUUUCCACUGUAAAAUUAAAUUAUAAGUUGGUCUACUUUUGGAAGUCCGUUUGACUUUGGGUUUAGUGGUAAGGUGUUAUAUGGCUUAAGAUCCGGAGUUAGAAAUAUAUUCAGGGUGACCCGUAAUUAAUGGAUGUUCAAGGUGAAAGCCAUUAGGAAAUGAAAUAACUAAAAAGUUACCUAUUACUUUUAUUAUAACACUCAGAGGGUAUGAAUCUUGUGGACGCGCGGUCUCAUGGACCGCUAUAGUUCAAGGUGAAAGCCAUUAGGAAAUGGAAUAACUAAAAAGUUACCUAUUACUUUUAUUAUAACACUCAGAGGGUAUGAAUCUUGUGGACGCGCGGUCUCAUGGACCGCUAUAGUUCAAGGUGAAAGCCAUUAGGAAAUGGAAUAACUAAAAAGUUACCUAUUACUUUUAUUGUAACACUCAGAGGGUAUGAAUCUAAAAAAAUAAACAUGUAAUUGAAUCUUUAAUUAGUCAUUACAUAAUUAAGGAUAUUAAACACUAAAGGCAAUUUGCAGUCUUAAUUUUCUGUGAGUUAGACACUUACAUCGCAAACGGUGUGAGGUCUGCGAGACCGCGCGUCCACAGUUAAAGGUCAAACAUGAAGGGGGUCCAGCGAAAGGUUGCCAUCUUACCACUACAUGAUACAUCCAAACAAACUAACUUUCCGGAAUAUUUUUUUUUUUGAUUCUAGUAUACUAAAAUCUAAAAAAACAUACAUGAAGCAGUGUAAAUAAAAAAAAUAUAUUUCUAAAUAUUACAAGUAAUUGUGCUUGAUGAAAUUUUAUAUUUGUGUGUGCAUUUAUAGUCGGAUGCAAUCCAUUUGAUGCUUCUGAACAUCGUGUGUUAAGUUGCACUGUAUAUAAGAUUUUAGGUGACCUCGGUAAAGUAGGGGCGGCGGGACAUCGUCUCACGUGUCUUGAUUUUUGUAUGGCCUCCGCGAAGGGUCACCCGCAUCUUAUUUCGGAGACGUCAUAAAGAAUUCAUCCGACUAACACAAACAUGCAUAAUAUUCAAACUAGUUGGGAAAAAUAUUUUAAUCAAAUAUCGAUAAUUGUUCAAAUUUACUUAUGUUAUUUCAACAAUUUGUUUAUUGUACAAUUUUUAUGCAUAAUAAUUAGUUAUUUAUUGACUGUUGUGUAAUAUAAUUUUAUACAUUAUUUUUUAUUUACAAAUCUUAUUACAUUAAACAAUAGAUUGCAGUGUAAAAUUAA